ACGGUGGUCCUGGAGCUCAUGGCGGCCGCGGGCGCCUCGGUGGCAGUCUCGAUGUGUGUUUGCGCGUAGGGAGCCCUGCGUCGGCGGUCGCAAUGGCUGGUGGUGAUGCGGUAUGUGUGAAUGGGCCCGCUCGACGUUGGGUGCUGGAGAGCUCGGCACCAGCCCUUGUCGACUAGCGCGGUUUCCGGCUGAGCUAUGACAGAGGCUCUGCAUCAAGGCCAGUUCGUCGAACUCAAUCAAUUCCCUCACGGCUUUUUACCGCCAUCCCUUUCCUCCCACCGCAUCCCAUUUCCCCUCGCCAGGACCCCAGCCGUCCAUCGCGAGCUCCACAAUGUCUGGCCAACAGUGUCUUCGCCGUCUGGCAGCCUCCUCGCCGCUGCGACCGCAGCCGCUGCUUCGCGCGUCCUCCAAAACUAUCCGCCUGUCCGCAUCCCCUGCGACACGCAGCUAUUCCGCCGUCUCGCGAGCGACGUCGUCCGGUCUGCUGAACAAGGUCUCAAGACGGCCUGCCCGAUCGUCAUCACAGCGCGUUGCUCUUUUCCCGCAGUCGCGAAGUUAUGCCGACACUACCGUAGUCAAGGUGCCACAGAUGGCCGAGUCCAUCACUGAGGGAACCCUGAAACAAUGGUCAAAACAGGUCGGCGACUAUGUCGAGCAGGACGAGGAGAUCGCGACCAUCGAGACGGAUAAAAUCGACGUAUCCGUCAACGCCCCGGAAGCCGGUAUCAUCAAAGAGUUCCUCGUGAAUGAGGAGGACACUGUUGAGGUCGGACAAGACCUUGUGAAGCUCGAGCUCGGCGGCGCGCCUUCGGGUGGUGCAAAGCAGGAGGCCAAGGAAGAGCCCAAGGAACCUGCGUCAAAAGAGCAGGAGACUUCGUCCCAGCCCCAGGGCCAGCAAGAGCAGCCUAAGGAGGAGAAGAAGCCCGAGCCCAAGAAGGAAGAAUCGAAGCCUGAGCCAAAGCAGGAGUCCAAGCCGGCGCCUCCGCCGCAGAAGCCGACUCCGUCAAAGUCGAGCGAGUCCGAGCCGAAGCAAGCCGCGCCAGGUGCUCGCGAGGAGCGCCGCGUGAAGAUGAACCGUAUGCGCCUCCGCAUAGCCGAGCGCUUGAAGCAAUCACAGAACACGGCUGCCUCUCUCACCACCUUCAACGAGGUCGAUAUGUCUUCGAUAAUGGAGUUCCGCAAGCUCUACAAGGACGAGAUCCUUAAGAAGCAGGGGGUCAAGCUUGGCUUCAUGUCCGCCUUUUCGCGUGCUUGCAUUCUCGCCAUGAAGGAGGUCCCGGCUGUCAACGCCUCCAUUGAAGGCCCAAACGGCGGUGAUACCAUCGUCUACCGCGAUUAUGUCGAUAUUUCUGUAGCUGUCGCUACCGAGAAGGGCUUGGUUACUCCUGUCGUCCGUAACGCCGAGUCGUUGGAUAUGGUUGGAAUCGAGCAGGCGAUCGCGGACCUCGGCAAGAAGGCAAGGGACAACAAGCUCACCAUCGAAGAUAUGGCUGGAGGUACCUUCACCAUCAGCAACGGCGGCGUCUUCGGUAGUUUGAUGGGUACACCUAUCAUCAACUUGCCUCAGACUGCCGUGCUCGGCCUGCACGCAAUCAAGGAUAAGCCCGUUGCCAUCAAUGGCAAGGUCGAAAUCCGCCCGAUGAUGUAUCUCGCACUUACAUACGAUCACCGCCUGCUCGAUGGGCGAGAGGCCGUCACCUUCCUCGUGAAGAUCAAGGAAUUCAUCGAGGACCCCAGGAAGAUGUUGCUUGGUUAGAUAGCGUUUGAUAUCAUGUUUUCUUUACCUUUGUUGUGCUCUCUUACAUAACCUGUGCAUUGUUGGGAGAGAACGGUUGUAUAUGAGUUUGGUUCCACUUGGUCAGCGUUAAUGCGCCGCGGGGCCUGCUGUAUCGGGAUCAACAUGGUGUACGAGUAUAGAGUAUGGCAAGGGAAAAAACAAUUUUUGUGGUGUUGCAAAUGUGUGUAUGCGCAGUGUAGUCGUUAUGCUUGGCUUUUAUGUAGGGCAAAUCUCCUCUUAGGAUGCGGUGCACUGCAGCCCUGUCAUUCAUGCAUAGCCUCUUCAUGCUUU